GGAGCCUGGUAGGGCACAGUCCAUGGGAUCGCAAAGAAUCGGACGUGACUAAGUAACUUCAUUGGUUCACUAAUCCCAUAAACAACAGAUGUUCGCUGAAUGGAUGAAUGAUUUAACAAUAAAUCGCGACACUCCACGACAGGCGUACUUGAGAGAGGGGUCCCACUUCGGGUCUGUAUGUAGAGGACGAUACACUUUCCCUACGAUGAUCUGUACGGGGCACGAACUCGGGAUCGUGAGCCUGAGCCAAAGGCCAUAAGACUCCACAACUCCAGGCUUCCUACGCAGGUAUUUGACAGCGCUGGGGAAACCUAGAGACACCUUCUGAGCAUGCGUCGCCAUGUUUGUGCGAUCUACCACGCCCGCCCGUUGGCUCUAAGCUUCCAUUGGCUGGCCCGCUAAAGGCCCGCCCUCUUGAAGGAAAAGGACGUUGAGUGGCUAAAUAACCUUCCGUAACCAAUCACAAGCAACGACCUAAAGGUUUGUCCAAUGACAACGGGCUUCGUGAGUGGCUAAAUAGCCUUCCGUAACCAGUCACAAGCAACGACCUAAAGGUUUGUCCAAUGACAACGGGCUUCGGUCAAGGCCCGCGGAGUUUAAUUUUUGUCCGGGGACGCGGAAGUAGCGAUCAGGUCUAAGCCGCAGGUUGAGUGUCGCACUGGAGGAGGGCCGAAUCUUCAUCCCGGAUACCCCGCUGGGUGAGGACCUUCAGGGCCAAUUCCGGGGCCAGUGGAGGUGGUGUUUCCGCCCGUGGCAGGAAAGCCGGGGCGCGAGGGCGGGCACAUGUGGACCUCUAAGCGCUCCUGGACCAGGGCGAGAGCACGCCUGGCCUCGUCCUCUGCGGAUUCUGCCGCGAGGUUCCUUAAUGACUGUAGCUUGAAGUUCCCGUGGUUGCCGGGAGGCUGGGCUUCGGAGGAAGGUAUCAAGAAACAAUGUUUCUUUGAAUUUGCUUCUGUAUUUGCCUCAUCAAUGUCAUUCAUAUUGAGUAUCUUAAGAGAAAUGCUGGAAUAUUUUGGUGUUCCCAUAAACCAGGUUUUACGCAUUUGGGAAAAUAAAGACUAUGGAUCAGCUCGGAGUAUUGUACGUAUCAUUGGGAAACUUCUUCCUUUAGAACCUUGUCCCAGGCCUAAUUUUGAGCUGGUUCCGCUCUUGAACUCUGUGGACCCGGCUAACUGUGGCUCUGUAGUUCCGUCUUUUGCUGACGUUUGGUGUGUGGCAAAUGAUGAAGAAGCCAGUUAUCUCAGAUUUCGAAAUAGUACGUGGAAAAAUGAAGAAGAGGAGAAAAUUGCAUCUUUUCAUCCCUUGCAACUAGUUGAAGGUCCACUGACACCUGCUGUAAGGCAUAACAAACCAAGAAAAAAUGAUUGGCCUGAAAGUGAAACUGCAAUUAAAAAGAUAGCUGCCCUUGAAGAUGAGCUAGCUUUUCUUCGCUCCCAGAUUGCUGCAAUUGUGGGACGGCAAGAACUGGGAAACAGUACAAAAGCUGGUUUCCUGGACUUGAAUGACAGGCCUAGUGGUUUUGGACAAAAGCCAUCAUCAGGGGCUACUCAACUCAAUGUCAAACAAGAUUCGUUUUCAAGUUCAGUGCUUCCCUCUUCUCCUCCUCCACCACCGCCUCCUCAGAUUUCUUCUGUACAGCCUCCAUGUUCUCCUCUCUUGAAAACAGCAUCUAAUAAUAUUUGUGCAUCAGAUAAUUCAACAACUGAAGGGAAAAAACAGCACCCAGAUGCUAGGAACACCAAUGAUAGUCAUCAUUCAAAAAACCAGAGAAAUGAAGCUGUUCCAAACAUGUUGGAUGUUCUAAAGGAUAUGAAUAAGGUUAAACUACGUGCUAUUGAAAGGUCCCCUGGAGGCAGACCUGUUCAUAAAAGGAAAAGAGAAGACUCACCUUGGGAUCCAGUGUCUCUAAUAUCCCAUGCACUUAAGCAGAAAUUUGCAUUCCAAGAAGAAGAUUCCUUUGAGAAAGAAGAUAAUUGUUGGGAGUCUUCUCCAUUUUCUAGUCCAGAAACUUCAAGGGUGCGCUUAUAAUUUUGGACACCGUAUCUCAAGUCAGAAGUAUGUUGAAUUAAAGGAAGUGCCAAUAAACCCAGCAGGUGUAGACCAAGCCGUGAGCACCAGGGGCCGUGUCUACACCUAGAAGGCAGGACUGCAGAAGGAUGCCUGCAUGCCUCUCCCUGCCUGCGAAAGGAUCGCAUCUCCUGUCAGUGAAUCUAAAUGCAGUCCAUAUAAUGGGGUAUGUUAGUGCAGAGGUCUGAAGGAUCUUGACCUGUGUCUGGUCUUAUAAGAUCCACCAGUUAACGGGCCACUGAUGAUAGUCAGGUGCAUGGAUCUUUUUCAUUUUUUCCCACAUAUAUUAGGUUUAUUAAAGCUGAAUAAAUACUUUGAAUGAUUUUCCUAAGAGCUAAAUCGUAAACAAUUUAAUGUUUCUCAUUUGAGAAAGGUAAGAUCUCAUUAUAAGGUAACAGAAACCAUUUAGUGGAUUAAGAAAGUAAUAUAAACUAAGUCUGUAUUGUACUACGCAGCCGAUGAUAGUACAUUUGGGUUUUUUAAAAUUUCUUAAAUCAGUUAUGACUUGCUUAUUUAAGAGUCUUUCGGUCUUUUAAAGAUUGGUAGUGAUAUGGUUUACCUGGCCUCCAGCAACUUGGAGAUUUUAAAAGAAUAUAAAAUUAUAAUUUUUUUCACUAAGAGAGUCAUACUUUGAAUCAUAGAUUGAACCCCAUAAAACACUUGAGGUGAUAAAGAAUUAUUCUUAGAAGCUGAUUUUGACUAUUAAAUGCUCGAUUGUAGAAGUAUUUAAAGAAUCUUCUUGAUAAGUUUUGCCCUCACUUGCUAUGUAAAUAUGUACACCUAUCAUUUUAUUUCCUUUGUUCUUUAUUAUGCUCUGUUCCUUUGUAAAUAAAUACGCCUUUUUGAACUUG